AUGUAACAAAAAAUACGUAUUCAGUUUGCAAUAGAUCUUUAAAAAACAUAUGGAUCAAAAUAAUCUUAAUUAAGUGAAUAAUCGGAUAAUCAACUUCAAUCAUCUCAAUUAUCUUCUUCAAUUUUUAAAACUUCAAUACCUCAAUUUUCUAAAGAAGAAAUUGAAAAGCAUGAUUAAACUUUGAAAGAACAAACUUAAACAUAUAAUGAAAGAAAAAAAAGAAAUGGAUAGAAAUUUUAAAGACUUACAAAAGAACAAUAAUCACAAUUAGUAAAACUUAUUAAAAAUGAUCCUUAAUUUUAAUCUCAAUUGACGGAUGCUAUAAUAAAGCAUACAGAAAUAGCUUAAUUUAUUAAAAAAGCCAACACAAUUAAAAUCAUGAAAUCAUUAAAUAAAACAGCAAUUGAAUUUAAAUAAAAUAUGACAAAUAAAAUAUAAGCCAUCUUUCUUAAUCAUUAAAAUUAAACUUAUAGUAGACUUAUAUAUUUACUAAAAGUAAAAGAGCAAUUGAUAAUUAAAGUAUUAGAAUAGAAAUUGUCUACAUGUGUUGACAUUAAAUAAAAUUUUAAAGAUUCUAUAUUAAUAUAGUUCAAUAAAAUUCUAAAAACUUAAUUAGAAGAAAACUGUAAAAAAUUUGCUUAAGCUUUAUCAACCUAAUUAUAAUUGAUGUAUGAAGGAAUUGUGUAAAUUAUUGGAUAGCAUAUUGAAAUUAAUAAAGAUAACAAAUUCGAAUAAGAAUUAUUUCAAUAAAUUUAAAGAGUUAAAGAUUACUUUGCUACAAGUGAAUAAUAAUAUAUUAAAGUAAUUUUUUUAAAUAAUAUAGCGCCUAUAAAUAGAUAUGAAUGAACAUUAUAUAAAUGCAAUUUAGACAAUAUUUAAAGUUUAACAAAAACUUAAAUUAAAUUGA